AUGUUUGGGAUAAAUAAACUCAUAACAACAACGAUCGUUUUAUUUACGGCCCUCGUGUACUCCGUUGAGUUGGAUGUCAAUGACAAAGAUUCCAUAUGCUCGGCUGCAAAGAUUGUUUCCGAUGGUAUGUGGAAUUACUACGAAGGUUUCAAAACUGGAGGUACUGUUGGUAUGUUUGCGUCACCGAAUUAUUGGUGGAACGCAGGUGAAGCCUUUGGUGGUUUAGUGGAUUACUUCUCAUAUUGCGAUUCAGAUAAUAAAACAUUGGAAAAAUGGAUAUACGACGGAAUGUACCAUCAAGCUGGUGACAAUUAUAAUUAUAUCCCCUCGAAUCAGUCAACAACUGAAGGUAAUGAUGAUCAAGGUGUUUGGGGCAUGACUAUUAUGGAGGCCGUCGAAAGAAACUUUACAAAUCCGGAGCUGCAUUCGUGGUUGGAAAUGGCACAGGCUAUAUACAACACAAUGGACGCGAGGUGGGACACUGAGCAUUGUGGCGGUGGUUUGAGAUGGCAGAUUUUUACCUGGAAUUCCGGUUACAAUUACAAAAAUACAAUUUCAAAUGGUUGUCUCUUCCACAUUGCUGCAAGAUUAGCUAGGUACACUGGUAACGAGUCUGCAUAUCUCCCUACAGCAGAGAGGGUUUGGAACUGGAUGGAAGAAGUGAAUUUUUUGACCGAAGAAGAUAAUGGAAACUUGCGUAUUUAUGACGGUGCAAACACAGAUGAUAAUUGUAGUGAUGUGACUGAUUUAAGAUGGUCUUAUACUUACGGUGUGUUUAUGACAGGGUGUGCUUAUUUGUAUAAUUUGACAGGUGACGAUACUUGGAAACAACGUGCAGAAGAAGUUGUCGAAGCAUCUAAGUGGUUCUUCAACUCAACCAACAAGGUUAUGCAAGAAACAACAUGCCAACCCAGCAACAAGUGUAAUAAUGAUCAAAGGUCUUUCCGUUGUUUAUUUGCACGUUGUCUUGGAUUAACAAUGAAAAUCAUACCCGAUUUUGAAGACACAAUUAAGCCAUAUUUGGAAGCAAGUGCUGCAGCUGCUGCCCAAUCGUGUUCAGGAGGAUCUGAUGGGGUCACAUGUGGAGAAAAUUGGUCACAAAGUGGUUGGGAUGGUGUCUAUGGACUUGGUGAGCAAAUGUCGUCUUUGGAGGUGAUAUUAUCUCUCAUUGCGCAAGAACCGAUUAGUGUUGAAACUGGAGGAACGAAUAGAACUAACUAUGCAGCAGGUACCGAUACUGAAGAUACUACAAAUAAGAACAAGAUAACUAUAACUGGUAAGGACAAGGCGGGAGCUGGUGUUCUAACAGCAGUUGUAUUGGCUAUCUUAUUAGGUGGUGGUAUCUGGAUGGUCUUUUAA